AUCCUGAGAGAAAGAAGAGUUCUUUGCGGUAAUCAUUUCGAGUUAAUAAUUUGCUGUUUCCUUCUCUUCUUGCCAGCAUGAUGUUUAGAAUAUAAUCCGUAUUAAAAGUGUUGAAGUUACUGACUUACAGGAGUGGAGGGAUGUGGCGACUUGGAGCCGUGAAGUCACAGAGCAGUUUACUGUGGGAUGUUUUACCCAAACCCGCCAUCUUUACAAGAACAGGACAGCUGUUGUUUCCUUCCAGUACCUAUGGAAACAAGCAGACAACAUUCAAGAACUACCAUGAUAGGCACCUAACAUCUGACUUGGCAUUACCUACAGAGGCUCAGGUAAUAGUUUGCGGCGGGGGGAUAGUUGGCUGUUCUGUAGCAUACCACCUUGCCAAACUGGGAUGGAAAGAUGUGCUGCUUUUGGAACAAGGAAAUCUGACCUGUGGAACAACAUGGCAUGCUGCUGGUUUGCUGGGAAAGCUUCGUUCUUCUGCUGCAGAAACUAAGCUGUCAAAUUACUCAGUAGAAUUGUACAGUACCCUGGAGGAGGAGACUGGUGUUGGAACAGGUAAAAGAUAAUAACUUACUACAAUCCCAGACAAAAACGUUGGGACAUGAAGCAAGUUCUCCCCUCCCCCCACUUACAACGUUGAUA